CAUUAAGUUAGGAGGCUUGUUCACUUGAACAAAGUUUUCUAGGAACGACUUCUGCUGAGAAGUCGAGGUUAAUAAAGAAUAAAGAUGUGGAAACUAUCUCUCAUGAUAUUUGCCUUAUUGGCAUUUACAGCCUAUGCUGAUGAUGUCAACGAUAUUGCAGAUGCAGCGGAGGAAGAUCAAGUGUUAGUACCAUUUGAUGCAGCGGAGGAAGAUCAAGUGUUAGUACCAUUUGAUGAGAGUGUAAACGAAGAAAAACGAGUGUACGGACGUAAAGGAUCCAAAUCUUCCAAGGGCAAAGGGAAACUCAAGUAUGGAGGACGUAAAGGAUCCAAAUCUUCCAAGGGCAAAUGGAGACUCAAGUACGGAGGACGUAAAGGAUCCAAAUCUUCUAAGGGCAAAUGGAGACUCAAGUACGGAGGACGUAAAGGAUCCAAAUCUUCCAAGGGCAAAGGGAAAUUCAAGUAUGGAGGACGUAAGGGGUCCAAAUCGUCAAAGGGCAAAUGGAAACUCAAGUAUGGAGGACGUAAGGGUUCCAAAUCUUCCAAGGGCAAAGGGAAAUUCAAGUAUGGAGGACGUAAGGGUUCCAAAUCUUCCAAGGGCAAAGGAAGUAAAUAUGGUAAAGGCCGCCAUAGAAUCCAAGGAAUGGGAGGAUUUUCAAGAGGUUUCAACUGCAUCAAAAACCCUUGUCUAAAUGAAGGCGUUUGCUGUGGUAGAGGCCCAUAUCAAAGAUGCAUCUGUCCUGCUGGCUUCAAAGGAAAGCGUUGCGAAACAGAUAUCAACGAAUGUGCUAGAAAUCCGUGCAAACGUGGAGCUAUCUGCUUUGAUCAGGUCAAUGGCUACACCUGCAAAUUCCCAGAUUCAACCGAAGUCUGCAAAAUACGCCAAACAACGUGCUCAUCUAAGCCUUGUCAGAACAAAGGCGUCUGUAAAGCAUACAAGAGAAGCUAUCGGUGCAUUUGCCCAAAGGGAUUUGCAGGGAAAAACUGUCAAAUAAAUAUCGACGAGUGUGGAAGUAAUCCCUGUCAGAAUGGCGCCAAAUGUGUUGAUCGUAUUGGCUACUAUGUUUGCGUCUGCCCACGUGCAUACAAAGGAACCAACUGUGAAGAAAAGCGAGGAGGUUGUUCUGUGAAAAACAUCUGCCGCAAUGGAGGAACAUGCGUAGAAGAAAAUGGAUCCUGGGCUUGUAUCUGUCGAAAGGGAUUUUCCGGACCACGGUGUGGACGGGUCAUCAAGGAUUGUUCCACAAAUCCGUGUCUGCAUGGAGGCACAUGUUGUGAUCGUACGAAGGGAUUCAUCUGUAAAUGCCGAGAAGGUUUUCUUGGAAGGCGGUGCGAAAAGAAGGAUCUUGACCUCUACGUGCCUGAAGGCCAAGGUCAACUCACAUUCCAGGAAGACGGUAGCGAUGACCCAAAGAGCGCGAAGUUCAGCCGAAGGUGUCGUUAUGGCGGUAAAAAGGGUAUUAUAGUUGGGCGCGGAUACGAGCUUGGAGGACGUACUAGGAAGCAAGUAUUCAGAGAUCUGAGACGGGCUAGAUUUCCAAGACGUUAUGCCAUGAUUAUUUCAAGAGCUGCUGGUUUGAAGGGAAAAAAGGCUAUUGCCUGUUUUAAGAAAUACCGGUUGGGCAAGUUCAGAAUAACCAAGCAACAACAGAAAAGGCUGUUCAAAAUAUAUUACGCCGAGAAAGUGAAAAAAGGCAAGAAAUAUCUGUCGACUUACUGCAAGCUUAAGCUUGACAAAAUGAGCCAGUUCCAGAAAGAUCUUAUCAUGGAUCUCUACAUUGAUGGCGCCCUUUCAUAUGCCAGUCCACAGAAACGAAAGAAUUCCGAAUACAUCAAGAAGGUUCUCGAUUCUAACAACCUGAAGAGUAUAAAAGCCUUGCUGAACAACAAAAAUUUCUGGGUUAGCAAGAUGAAAACCUCUGCGCGGAGGUUCGAAAGUCGUAAAAAGUUUUGCCAAAAAGAAUGCAAGAAAACUCGCAGAUGUUAACUUGGAAAGUCUAAAAGAUUAUAAAUAAGAUUACAUGUAAGCUAAGAUAAAACUAUACUAAAGCCAGAGCAAGUAUUUCUCAAAGGCUAAAUAUCUCAUGAUCAAAGUGCAUUUUGAUUUCAUUUUGGGUGGUCAAAUUUGUGCAGGUGUUUAGCUUAACAAGGGUAGAACUUGAUGAGUCGAGAGUGAGUCCGGCAUAAUAUGGUUUCAACCGCAGCCAUUUUUUAUCGAACCCUUAAACAACUUUUAAAUUAGCUAAUUUACUGAGUUGCGUAUCGUUUAUCGGAGGAGAACCAGGAAAAACCCUUCGAAUAAGUAAUUUUAUUUAUUUAUUUCAGCCAAUAUUUAGACCAAAGACCAGACAAACUCUACUCAAAUGUGUUGCGAGACCACGAAUCAAAUCCAAGACAUUACCGAGUUGAAAGACGUCAUUAAAUUCGAUUUUUGGCCAUAAAACUUGGCAGCUUUGCUUUGCAAUGUAUUCUGUUAGACAUAUACGGCUUAAAACAGAUUAUAUGAAUUCAAAUCAAUAUGUUAAUCUCACAAAAGUAGUGCAGAUUCUUAAUCUUUUUUUUUUUUUUUUGUUGAAAAUCAAAGCGAUCCAAAAUGAAGACAAUUGCUUCCCACUUGUUUGGUUUGAUCUUUACAAAUGUGGCCACUCGAAAUGAAGUUCUGCUAAAAUAGCGUAAGAUUUAAAAGCAUGUAUGUUUGGGUGUAUAAGAUUUAAUAAAAUGAAAGCUCUUGUGGGAAAUUUC